UAGUGAUAAGAGAUAACGGCAGACAGCUGGUCAGUCAGUGAGUAACUCUCAGGUCAGACAUGGCUAAUGUCACAGUGGCACCUGUUGUCGUACCACCAGUGGCACCUGUGCCUACUGAGGAUGCUAUCUCAGCUGCAAUACCUAGUGCACUCCCAGUAUUACCUGCAGGACAACUGUCGGUGUAUGACAUCAUCUCUAUGUCGGUGUUGGCAGGAAUGUUCCUCACAUUUUGCAUUUUUAUGGUUCUUGGACUUUACUGCGAAAGAAGAAAAAGGAAAAGGUACAACCCAUAUGAGUGGAAUACCAGUUCAACACCCUUCGCAGUUCCUUGGUAUCUCUAUCAAAUGAAGCCUUUUGGUGAGUCUUCACAGGAAAAAGACUCUCUGCUAUCCAACAGCAGACAUACAACCAUCAACAUGUACACGUCAAAAAACAAAGCUGACUCCAAGUACCCCAAAAUAAAACGCAAGUUUCCGUAUUUUGUGACAAUACCCGAAGAAGAAGAGAAUGAUCAGGACACAUAUAGGUUACAAGGGAAAAUGUUUCCCAAAUCAUUCCCACAUUUCUAAUGUAAAUAGCCUCUGUACAGUUUUGUGAUAAAUUAUUAUUCCUGUGUCGUUCUUUGUGCGCGUUGUAUUAUUUGAGUUGUAGUGUUUUUAGAAAUAAAAUUGUGUUUAUUUUUAUACAGUGA